UCCAUUUAUUGGAUAUGCUAUAUGAAUCAUUAACCAGAGUUGUGUUUGACAUGUACAUGUCAGUUCGCACAGUUUGUCAUUUCCACUAGCUUCGUUUGAGCGGCACAGGUGAGGAUCCUCUGGAGCUCAAAACAUAUCACAGAAGUGGUAUGACGGCGAUGUGGCCAUGCACCUGAAGGACAGUGUGCAGAGCUGAGGAGGAAAUAUUCAUCACCAGCUGGUGUCAGGACAUGGCUUACCUUCCCCAGUCAGUCCAUUGGCAGUUUGCAGGUCUAGUGCUUGGGUUUGUCGGAUGGAUAAUGACAGCCUCCAUUUCUGGGGUGAACGACUGGAGGAUAUGGUACGUGGACAAUCAGACGGUCAUCACCGGAGGACUGGCCUGGGUCGGAGUGUGGCGCGUCUGUUUCAACAGCCACAUUUUGGAUUCGGCUGAGAUCUGCAAAAGCAUCAGCCUUACAGAUUCAUUCACUCCACCAGAAAUAGCAGCUGCCCAGGUACUUUGCAUGGUUGCUGUUGGCGUGGGGGUGCUCGCAAUCCUAGUGGCGGGACAUGCGGUGAGAAAUGCCAUCUCUGGGGUUAACAACAGGCAUGUCAGAUUGACCUUUGUGUUGGCGUGCUCCUUGUUCUGGCUAACUGCCGUGUGUUCACUGGUCCCCGUCUUUUGGAAUAUGAAUUCUGUGCUGGCGAACCUCACUAUAGACUUCCCGCCUGAUUUCUACUUGCCUUCUGCUCCAGUGAAACAGGAAGUAGGUCCAGGGAUUGGGAUUGGGAUCGGUUCAGGUUGCCUGCUCAUUGUAAGUGGACUACUCUUAAUGUGCUACAGCUAUCCCAAAACCAAAGUGCCUAAGAGUGGAGAAACUGUACAUUUUGACAACAGUCCAAGAAAUGAAGGCUUUCUUGGUGUAAUUAAAGAGAGUAUGGAUGAGGGUGUGAUCAACCCAGCGUAUGAAUCAGAGAAGCUUUAAUAAUAAAGUGCAUCACUCCAUGAAAGGACUUUGAAAGCUCUAAACACAGUUUCUUCAAAUUUUUUACUGUUUGAGGAAAACUUAUAUGACCCCAAACCAAACCGAAUAUCUAAAUACAGUAUAUUUAGAUAAAUGUAAUGUAAUUAUAUAGUCACUGAAGUGACUGAUGAAUUGAAAUAACCGCAAGCACUUUGAACUUUGAGGCCAUUUUAUUGGUAUCAAAUUGUUAAUAUGUCUAUGACACUGGACUUUUAAAGUUGACUUAUUAUUGUUACAUAAUUUGCAGGGCACACAAUGCUAUAAGAGUAUACUCACCUGAAUGUCUGUAAUGUAUGCUUUUACCACAAUUUAGAAGCUUAGGGUCAGUAAGGUUUUUAUUUUAUUUUAUUUUUGUAAGUUUUCCAAAAUGUCACUUUUUGCUAAAUGAAGCUGCAUUUAUUUUAUGAAAAAUAUGAUCAAAACAGCAAUACGCUGCAAUAAAAGAGUUGAUACACACACACACACACACACACACACAGACACACAUAUAUAUAUACCAGUAAUUUUUUAUAAUUAAAAAUAAUAAUUCAAUUAAUCCAAUUAAUGCGUUAAAUUAUACAAAUUUUAUGGUAUAUAAAUUACCAUAUAUAUAUAUAUAUAUAUAUAUAUAUAUAUAUAUAUAUAUAUAUAUAUAUAUAUAUAUAUAUGUUUGUGCAACAGUGCAGAAGUCUUUUUGCGAUCAAUUUAUUGUGUCCUUGCCAAAAAAGUAUCAAUUUAUAUAAUAAAAAAAAAAUCUUACUGACCUCAAACUUUUAAGAGCAUGUGUGUGUAUUUGUAUAAAGAAAAUGUAUGUAAAAAAUGUACAUUUAUUAUUUUAAUUUAUAUAAUUAUUAUGUUCAAGUAAAAGUGAUCUUUGGCUCUCGUAUGAUUAAAAAUCGAGUAGUGCUAUGUUAAAUAUUUUCCUUUGUUGAUAAGACUCAGCAUUUAUCUGCCACUAAAAGCUGUUGACACAAAAUAUCUUGAAUGAUUUAAGAUAUGAUUUCGCUGACUUAGAGUGGAUCUUUGAGCGGGGACAAGGUGAUUUCAGAGGAAAUGACCCCUGCCAUGAGUGGAAUGAACUUUACUGUUAUUUCGCAGCUUGAUACUUGCCCUUAUUACUGUGUUUUUCAACACCCCCCAUGGGCUUUGAGUUUGUUACUUGCCAACAUUUAAUCUUGUUAAAAUUGAACAUUAAUUUUGACAAAUCCCGCUGGAUAUUACAUGAUUUUCUUCCAUUAUAAAACCACAUAAUCCCUCUGAUGACUCGAGAAAAGGAAAUAAUUUUUUGCCAAUUAAAGGAGCUUUUGUUUUCUGUGUUGGUUCACUAGUACAUUGAGGUCGCUUAAGGAGAUUGGAUGAUUUAUCCAUCUAAAACCCCCAAAAAUCUACACACAGAAGAGGUGUUAAGGUUCAUAAGAAUUGUGGCUGGAGAAUUUGUCUGCCAGGAUGGCCUCCCAUGGCCACUGGAGAUUUGACAUGUAUUGUUCUGAGAAAGAGGUGAAAGAAACAUCCUGACAGAGAAGAGCCAAGACCCCAUGCUGAGACGAAGGCAUUGUCUUAGACAGGGCAGCUAUAGCACAAACACAUUUCUUCUCUCAUGUGAGCGAGAGUGGGGCGUGAGGUUGGAGGAAUCAAACAAGCUUUUAUUAAUCUCAGUAUGAAACCUCCUUUACAACAGUCUGUUAGUAUACUAUACUGGCAGACAACACAAACGGCCUGUGCCUCAAAAGGAUGCAAGAGUGAUAUCAAAACAAUAGUGUUUCUUUACUGAAAACCUUUGUGCAGCAUAUGAGACGUGUGACAUUAACACUUCUCGUAUUAUCAUACAUACUGUGAUAAGAAAGUAAAGACAAAGGUGAGGGGCAAUGAACAACAUCAGAGUUCAUUGAACAGUACUAUUGCCAUAUCAGAUUUCAGCAUAAUCAUGAAAGAUAAAACUAAACUUGAAGACCUGGAGUGUUUUUGUUGUUGUUGUUGUUGUUGUUUUUGUUUUUGAAGAUUUGAAAUGUUCAUCAGUGCUUUUCUUUGUUGUAGAAUAUAAAUAAAAAAAAUUCCAUUAAUUAUUAUAUUUUUAGAAGGAACAGUUAAUUGUUUAUUUUCUCAAGUUGCUCUAAAUUGCAUAAAUCAUUUUUAUUCAUCUAUGAGGACCAAAGGCAGCAUAUUGUCCCUUUGGUUUUUAAUGUCCUUAAUUAAAGUUUAACUGCUUUAUUGAUUAUAAAGUGAUUACAGGUGAGAUAAGAACAAAACUAAAGAUUAUGAAUAUCUCUGUACAGUCAUUUAGCUUGUGGACAUCAGUUGUGUCUGUCUUAACCCUUUCUACAGCAAUCUUUACCAAUUAAACAUAUUUGGAUGAUGAUUAUAAACAACAUAUUGAGCCGUUUCCAAUUUGCAUCAUUUCGGUGCUUUUUUAUGCACAGAAUUAUAUGCAUAUUAGAUAGAUAGAGUUUUUUGAUAAUUCAAAGCACACUUUCAGUGUUGAAGGUGCUAUACUGUUAUUUAGUUUUGGUGAAUUGUGGGUGUGUACUGCAGGGUGUGUUGUGGGAUCAUUUUCUGGGUGUGCAUGUGUUCACACUGGGUGUGUUGUGUGAUCACACACAAGUUUUUUUUUUAGUUUAGUUUUUUGCCUGUGAGAAACCACUGGCAUUUUUAGACUAUCUAGUUAUUUCUUCUAAGCAUUGCACCGGCCUUGAGCUGCAGCUUGUAUCUCUACACAGAGGUCAUCUUAACCUCUGCUGUUCUGUUCUGCCCUUUUGCAUAGCAAAGCAACUAAGUAAAGGGUAUAAACUCAAAUGAGUAACACCAAUAAUUAAGGACUUGAUGGUAUAAUUUUACUUGAGGACAUUCAUUACAAGUCUGCAUACUAAACCUGCUGCACAGAAUUUUUUCAGGGAGUGUACACAUAAAUGUUUGCACAAAGCAGGUUAUCCAAGAGUUCUGUAAGAUUUCAAAGAUUAUGAUAGGCAUAUAGUGUGUUUAAAUCGUGAUAAAUUGCAAUAUGCCAUAUCUUUAAUAUGCUGCAACUGCAAGUUCUUAGAACAUAAUUCCAAGCAUGGGAUGAUUCUACAAGUUGUUUCCUAAAAUAAAUGAUUUAUUUGUUUGUUUGUUUGUUUGUUAAUUGAAAAAGGAGGAAAUUAUGUUAAAAGGGUUGACAACUUCACAAGAAACACAUAAGUCAACUACAAUCAAAUAUAAAGACACAAAGAACACAUUAUUUUGAAGAAAUAAAUGAAUAAAUAAUUAAAAUAAAGAGAAUUCAUGUGGAUUUUUCUUUCUUUCUUUCUUUCUUUUGAUACUGAUGUGUUCUGAAAAACUUUUAGU